CUUUACUGGAAGUUCCUUCUCCAAUCUAACUCAAAUUAGAUAAAUUUGGAUUUUAAAAUUGGACUGAUUAAAAAUGAGUUGGAAACCUAGAGAAGGAGUUUACCUUGACUCCAAUUACGGUCUAAUCUAUCCAGAAGGUGCAACACAUUAUGAUGGGAUUCCUGAUGAUCUAAAAGAAAUUUUUCAUCCUCACUGGGGAACUUUUCCUCCGCAGCAUCCCAUGGUGAACCAUGUUGUUGGGUUUGCCUACAUAAUCCUGUGGUUAAUCUCCUUCUUUGGAAAUGGUUGUGUGGUCUACAUUUUUCUAAAGACCAAAAGCUUGAGAACUCCUACAAAUAUGUUCAUUGUGAAUCUGGCAGUGUCAGAUCUUUGUAUGAUGACAACUCAGGGACUUCCUGUUAGUUUUAAUGCUUUUGUUCAACGCUACUGGAUGUUUGGUGUUACAGGGUGUCAAGUGUAUGCAAUGCUGGGUGGAAUCUUUGGAACCAUUUCAAUUCUUUCCAUGGUCGUCAUUGGAUAUGAUAGAUACAAUGUUAUUUGCAAGGGAUUCAAUGGCGUAAAAAUUACUGCUGGAAAGGCUUUCGGAUUGAUUCUGUUCCUGUGGUUGUACAGUACUGCAGUGUGUGUUCCACCAUUCUUUGGCUGGGGUGGGUAUGCAACAGAAGGAACAUUGAUAACCUGUAGCUAUGAUUAUCUUACCCAGGACUGGAAUCACAAAAGCUUCAUGUUGUAUGCCUUCAUCUUUAACUACUGUACUCCAAUGAUAAUGGUUAUCUCAUUUUAUACUCAGAUUGUAAAGGCAGUUGUUAUGCAUGAAGCAGCAUUAAAAGCUCAAGCCAAAAAAAUGAAUGUAGAAUCCUUAAGAUCUGGAGAACAAGAAGGAGAUUCAGCAGAAGUAAAAAUUGCAAAGGUUGCUAUUACAAAUGUAAUGCUAUGGGUUUGUAUCUGGUCUCCCUACGCCAUAGUUGUUAUGAUUGGAUGCUUUGGGAACAUGCAACUUGUCACCCCAAUGGUUGCUGCUUUACCAUCCUUUUUAGCCAAGACAGCCUCAUGUCUAAAUCCUUUGGUUUAUGCAAUCUCUCAUCCGAAAUACAGAGAAGCUAUGGGUAAAGAGCUGCCUUGCUUGGGAAUUGGAGCUGCAGGAGCUCAGAAGUCUGAUGCUGCGUCUACAGUUGCCGUCAAAGCUUGAAAAAAUAUCUAUAAAGCCUGAAAACUACAAAUAAAACAGAAAAAAAUUA